AUGUUGGCCAUCAGUAGAUACCCUGCGCUGCAGAACUACGGUUAUUACAUACUCGCCUCGCUCGCCGCGUGCGACUGCCUCUACGGUAUACAGUUCGUGCUCACCGAGGGCGAAAUCUGGUGGGCGGCGGGCUACGCGCAUGCGCAUCGAUGCUCGCUCUGGAAGGCCUUCAUGGCUCUACUGGACGCCUACCUGUCGUCGUGCAGCUUUCUCCAUCUGCUCGCCGUUGCCAUGGAGAAAUACGUCGCCAUCCUGCAUCCGAUGGCCUACCCGCGUCUGCUCACGGCGCGCCGUCUGGCGGCGGGCGUCGCGGCGACGUGGCUGCUCGCGGGCGCGUACGUCGGCGUCAUCGUCGUCGGCAGCGCCCCCUGCGCGCUGUUCUCUGGCAAGGGCGGCGUCCACCACGUGAUGAAAGCGGUCGCCAUCUACGUCGUUCCCGGCGUGGCGCUGUUCGCGCUCUACUACCUUAUAUGGAGAGCGAUGGCUCUGUGA